UUCCUUAUUCCCUCUCUCUUCAGGCAAGCAGAGCAGAGACGAACAGAGUGAGUGGAGGAGAGAGACACACACAUGCGCGCGUGCAGACCAGAGUACAGCAACUCCACAAAGACAAGAAAGGAGAAGAGUUUGCGAGGAGGAGGAGAUUAAGAGAAAGAAAACAGCUUCUUCUUCUUUUUUUAAACAACAACAACAUUGUGGUGGAUAUCAAACCUACAUCAAAAGAAAUCUAGAACAGCAAAGAAAGGAUUUGUUUUGCUUCACAGCUAAGAGAAAAUAUCUCAUUUAUUACAGUUUUUUUGUUGUUGUUUUUUUUAAAAACUAUUUAUAUUCACCACAUAUUUCUAUAAAUAACUGCAGAGGACUUGUAAGGUGUAGCAGGAGUUUUUGCAGAGAGAGAGAGAAGUAGGAGUUUGUUGAAGAGGAGCAGGCUGCAGUGGUGGUGAAACAAGCCUGCGAGAGGCAGCUGUUUUGGGGCAGACAUGUGUACGCUGGCCGGACAACAACCCUGGAUGUGGGCAGUGAUGCUCUGUGCCUUGCUCAUAGGCAGUGCCAGUGCCUGUCCUGCCCUGUGCUCCUGCAGCGGCACCACAGUGGACUGCCACGGACUGGGUCUCAAAACCAUGCCAAGGAAUAUCCCCCGCAACACUGAAAGACUGGAGCUGAAUGGGAAUAACCUCACACGCGUCACCAAGAGUGACUUUGCUGGACUCAAGUACUUGCGAGUUCUGCAACUGAUGGAGAAUCAGAUUACCGUGAUUGAGCGCGGGGCUUUUGAUGACAUGAAGGAGCUGGAGAGACUGCGGCUGAACCGUAAUCAACUGCAGCAGCUUCCUGAGUUGCUGUUUCAGAAGAACCCUGCCCUGUCUCGACUAGAUCUGAGUGAGAACUUCAUCCAGUCCAUCCCCAGAAAAGCCUUCAGAGGAGCUACAGACAUCAAAAACCUUCAGCUGGAUAAAAACCACAUCAGCUGCAUCGAGGAUGGAGCUUUCAGAGCUUUGAGGGGCCUGGAAGUGCUAACGCUGAACAACAACAAUAUCAGCAGCAUCCCGGUCUCCAGCUUCAACCACAUGCCCAAACUACGAACCUUCCGACUGCACUCCAACAACCUGAACUGCGACUGUCAUCUGGCCUGGUUGGCCCAGUGGCUCAGACAGAGACCGACACUUGGCCUUUUCACCCAGUGCACUGGCCCCACUGAGCUCAGAGGACUUAAUGUGGCAGAGGUGCAGAAACAUGAAUUCAGCUGCUCAGGUCACCAGGAGUCUUCCAGCCUGCAGCCAUGCAGCACAGGCGGUGGCUCAUGCCCCGCCAUGUGCACCUGCAGUAACAACAUCGUGGACUGUCGAGGGAAGGGUCUGACCGCCAUCCCAGCCAACCUGCCUGACAGCAUGGCUGAGAUACGUCUGGAGCAGAAUGGUAUUAAGUCUAUUCCACCCGGAGCCUUCUCUCCCUACAAGAAGCUGCGUAGGAUUGACCUGAGCAACAACCAGAUUUCGGAGAUCGCUCCUGAUGCCUUCCAGGGCCUUCGUUCGCUCAACUCUCUUGUGCUGUAUGGAAAUAAGAUCACUGACCUGCCCAAGGGGGUGUUCGAUGGCCUGUACGCCCUGCAACUGCUGUUGCUCAAUGCCAACAAGAUUCAUUGCAUACGCGCCAACACUUUCCAGGACCUGCAGAAUCUCUCCCUGCUGUCGCUCUAUGACAACAAGAUCCAAACUCUCGCCAAGGGCACCUUCACUUCACUGCGAGCUAUACAGACCCUUCACCUGGCCCAGAACCCAUUCAUUUGUGACUGUAAUCUGAAAUGGCUGGCAGACUACCUGCGCUCCAACCCCAUUGAGACCAGCGGUGCCCGCUGUGCCAGCCCACGCAGACUUGCAAACAAACGUAUCGGACAGAUCAAGAGCAAGAAGUUCCGCUGCUCUGCCAAAGAGCAGUACGUCAUCCCAGGCACAGAGGACACCCAUCUGAAUAAUGCAUGUAACAGUGACCCAGUGUGUCCUCCCAAGUGCCGCUGCGAGUCGAACGUCGUGGACUGUUCCAACCUGAAGCUCACCAAGAUUCCCGAGCACAUCCCAUCGUCCACCUCUGAACUCCGCCUGAACAACAACGAUAUCACCAGUAUGGAGGCGACUGGAGUUUUUAAGAACCUUUCCCAGCUGAAGAAAAUAAACCUAAGCAACAACAAAAUCACAGAGAUUGAGGACGGAUCGUUUGAAGGCGCCUCGUCUGUCGUUGAGCUUCAUCUCACGGCUAAUCAGAUCGAUACGGUGCGAAGUGGGAUGUUCCGAGGCCUUGAGGGACUACGGAUGCUGAUGCUCAGGAACAACAAGCUCAGCUGUGUCCACAACGACAGUUUCACAGGGCUGCACAACGUCCGCCUGCUGUCACUGUACGACAACCAGCUGACCACCAUCACUCCUGGAGCCUUCGACACUCUGCAGACCCUCUCUACCCUUAAUCUCUUGGCCAACUCAUUCAACUGUGACUGCCGGCUGGCUUGGCUCGGAGAUUGGCUGAGGAGUAGGAAGAUUGUGACAGGUAACCCUCGCUGCCAGCGCCCUGCCUUCCUGAAGGAGAUCCCUCUGCAGGAUGUGGCUCUACCGGACUUCCGCUGUGAGGAGGGCCAAGAGGAGUCAAGCUGUGUGCCCAGACCCCAGUGUCCCAGUGAAUGCACUUGCCUGGAGACGGUGGUGCGCUGUAGUAACAAGCACCUCCACACACUGCCCAAAGGCAUCCCCAGGAAUGUGACUGAACUGUAUCUGGAUGGAAACCAGUUCAGUGUUGUGCCAAAGGAACUGUCUGCCUUCAAAUACCUACAGCUGGUAGACCUGAGCAACAACAAGAUCAACUCUCUGACCAACUCGUCCUUCGCCAACAUGAGCCAGCUCACCACUCUAAUUCUCAGCUACAACUCCCUGCGCUGUAUACCCAAAAUGGCCUUCAGUGGACUGCAUUCCCUACGACUGCUGUCUCUCCAUGGCAACGAGGUCUCAGAGCUUCCCGAAGGCAUCUUCAACGAUGUCGCUUCCCUCUCCCACUUGGCGAUCGGUGCCAACCCGUUGCACUGUGACUGCAACCUGCGCUGGUUGUCCGACUGGGUGAAGACAGGAUACAAAGAGCCUGGUAUCGCUCGCUGUGCCAGCCCCAAGAGCAUGGAGGGCAAACUGCUGCUCACCACACCUGCAAAGAAGUUUGAGUGCACAGGAGACGUUGACACUGCAGUGCUGGCCAAGUGCAACCCCUGUCUGUCUGGUCCCUGUCUAAACCAGGGCAUCUGCCACAGCGACCUGGUGGAGAUCUACAGGUGCAGCUGUCCUCCCGGGUUCAAGGGCAAGAACUGUGAGACAGCCCUGAAUGCCUGUGUGAGUAGCCCAUGUUCCAAUGGAGGAACCUGUCAAGUGGAUGAGGAUGAGGAGGGAGAAUACAGUUGCUUUUGUCCGCUGGGCUUCGAGGGCCCCACCUGCCAGACUGACAUCGACGACUGUGAAGACAACGACUGUGAGAACGGAGCCACUUGCAUCGAUGGAGUCAACAACUACACUUGUCUUUGUCCCCCAUAUUACACCGGAGAGAUGUGUGAGGAAAUGGAGGAUGUGUGUGCCCCAGGACGAAGCCCCUGCCAGCAUCAGUCCACCUGCCUCAUCACCUCCACUGGACCUAAGUGUGUGUGCGCUCCUGGUUAUGUCGGUGAUGACUGCAGUGUAGACUAUAAUGACUGUGAGGAGCAUCGCUGUCAGAAUGGAGCGCUGUGUGUGGACGAAUUGAACGGAUACUCCUGCGUCUGUCCUGAGGGAUACAGCGGUCAGCUGUGUGAGGUCCCCCCCUCGCUGCUCUCCCUGUGUGAGCUGGCUGACUGUCAGAACAGCGCUCCGUGUGUGGAGCGAGGUGGACGGGCUCUCUGCCAGUGUCCUCCAGAGUUCGGUGGGCCGCGCUGCGAGAAGCUGGUCAGUGUCAACUUCAUCGACAGAGAUUCAUACCUUCUGCUCUCUGACCUCAAGAACUGGCCUCAAGCUAACAUCACCCUCCAGGUGUCAACAGCUGAAGAUAAUGGAAUUUUACUGUACAACGGCGACAAUGAUCAUAUUGCAGUGGAGCUUUACCAAGGUCACGUCAAGGUCAGCUAUGACCCGGGCAGCCAGCCGGGACAUGCCAUCUACAGUACUGAGACGAUCAAUGAUGGCCAGUUCCACACAGUGGAGCUCGUGACCUUUGAUCAGAUGGUGAACCUGUCCAUCGACGGGGGUCUCCCUACCACAAUGGACAGCUUCGGGGCAGUGCGGCCCCUCAACAGGGAGGCUCCACUAUACGUGGGGGGUAGGGGCCCUCUCCAGAACACACCUCCCUCCUCUGCAGGAAUGCCAGUGGAUAUACACUCGAGUGCUUUCCGUCUCUGGCAGAUCCAGAAUGGCUCCAGUUUCCACGGCUGCAUCCAGAACCUGUACAUCAACAACGAGCUCCAGGACUUCACCAAGACCCAGAUGAAGCCUGGCGUGGUUCCAGGCUGCGAGCCCUGCAAGAAGAUCUACUGUGUCCAUGGCAUCUGUCAGCCUGAUGGGGUCCAGGGACCAGUGUGCCACUGCCAGCCAGGCUGGAGCGGACCACACUGUGACCAACCUGCCAGCAACCCCUGCCAGGGCAGCAAGUGCGUCCAUGGAAAGUGCAUCCCCCUGGACUCUCAGUCUUACCGCUGUGAGUGUGAGGAGGGUUACCGUGGAGCCCUGUGUAACCAACAGGGAGAGCUUUUCAACCCCUGCCGUCGCCUCAACUGCAAACACGGUCGCUGCCAGAUCUCAGACACAGGAGACGCCUACUGUCACUGUGAAAGUGGCUACACUGGCGAUCUCUGUGAUGCCGAGUCUGAGUGCCGAGGGGAGCCUGUGCGAGACUUCUACCAGGUACAGCGAGGCUACGCCAUCUGCCAGACGACACGCGUGGUCUCGUGGGUGGAGUGCACCGGCGUCUGUGACACGGGCGCCUGCUGUGCCAGCCAGAGAAUGAAGCGCCGGAAAUACACCUUCGAGUGCAGCGAUGGAACCUCCUUCACCGAGGAGGUGGAAAAGACCAUCAAGUGCGGCUGCGUGGGCUGCAUGUAGCGCGGUUCGCUCACGUCUCCUGCCACUGCUGCGGAGCAGAAGAAAGAUAGAAAGAAAGAAAGGAAGAAAGCAAGAAAGGAAGGAA